AUGGCGAGACAGCCGCCGUGGCGGCGUCUCAGGGGGCCGACGACCCCGCUACUCCUGCUCCUUUCCCUCUCUUUGUUCCCUCUCAGCCAGGAGGAGCUGGGGGGCGGCGGGGGCCAAGGCUGGGACCCGGAGGUCGCUGCUGCGACGGAGUCAGGGGCGCGGAUCGGUGGUGGGGCCUUAGCUCUUUGUCCCGAGCCUCCCGAGGCCCGAGAGGAUAGAGAGCCUGGCCUGGGAGUCAGGGAACCUAUCUUCGUGGGGCUCCGAGGGGGAAGGCAAAGCGCCCAGAGUGGUCGAGGGUCCCCUGGGCAGCCGGACGCGGGGCUUGGGGCGGAAUAUGGGGUCCAGGCAUUCAGUAGCCGCGGGCUAGAGACAGGACAGGGACCAGGGUCUCUGUUAUGCUGGCUCCCAGAGGUGGUCUCUUGUGGACGGACAGGACCCUUACGAAGAGAUAGUUUGUCGCCAGAGGCUCUGUCCCCAGGGGUCCCGGGCCCAGAGAACAGCUUGCCCUUCCCUUCAGACCUCCUGGUUCGGCCCCGUGUUUCCAAGCUGGUAUUGUCCCAAAGGAAUGCUGGGAGAGGCGCCCCCAGAAAAGUGGGAACCAUGCGAUGCUGCGGGGAAUGGUGGGUGCCUGGACGCAGGGGUCAAAGCAAGAGCACCCUGACAUCUCGAGCUGAGAGGACAGGCACUCGGGUGGACUGUUCUCCUGGAGCUGCAGGGUCUGGCCCCGCGCUGGAUUCAGCACCGCGCACGGCGAGGACAGCUCCGGCUUCUGGUUCAGCACCGCGCGAUUAUCGGACAGCUCCCGAGCCGACGCCCAAGCGCAUGCGCUCCCGUGGUCUCUUCCGCCGCCGCUUCCUUCCGCAACGCCCGGGGCCAGGGCCCCCGGAGGUCCCCGCCCGGCCAGGACCCUGGAGAAUACCCCUAGUGAGCCGGGUCCGCCCCCGUCGCGCCGCGAACCGCCACCCGCAGUUUCCGCAGUACAACUACCAGGCGCUAGUGCCCGAGAACGAGGCGGCGGGCACCGCGGUGCUACGCGUAGUGGCGCAGGACCCAGACGCGGGCGAGGCCGGGCGCCUAGUAUACUCGCUGGCUGCGCUCAUGAACAGCCGCUCGCUGGAGCUGUUCAGCAUCGACCCGCAGAGCGGCCUCAUCCGCACAGAGGCCGCUCUGGACCGCGAGAGCAUGGAGCGCCACUACCUGCGCGUGACGGCGCACGACCACGGCUCGCCGCGCCUUUCGGCCACCACCAUGGUGGCCGUUACAGUGGCCGACCGCAACGACCACGCGCCGGUGUUUGAGCAGUCACAAUAUCGGGAGACACUUCGCGAGAACGUGGAGGAGGGCUACCCCAUCCUGCAGUUGCGUGCCACAGACGGCGACGCGCCCCCCAACGCUAACCUGCGUUACCGCUUCGUGGGGCCGCCAGCUGCGCGCGCCGCCGCCGCCGCCGCCUUUGAGAUUGAUCCGCGCUCGGGCCUCAUUAGCACCAGCGGUCGCGUGGACCGCGAGCACAUGGAAAGCUACGAGCUGGUGGUGGAGGCCAACGACCAGGGCCAAGAGCCUGGGCCGCGCUCUGCCACCGUGCGUGUGCACAUAACCGUGCUGGACGAAAAUGACAACGUGCCUCAGUUCAGCGAGAAGCGUUAUGUGGCUCAGGUGCGUGAGGAUGUGCGCCCCCAUACGGUGGUGCUGCGCGUCACGGCCACCGACAGGGACAAGGAUGCCAAUGGACUGGUGCACUACAACAUCAUCAGCGGCAACAGCCGAGGCCACUUUGCCAUCGACAGCCUCACAGGCGAGAUCCAGGUGGUGGCACCUCUGGAUUUUGAGGCAGAGCGAGAGUAUGCUUUGCGCAUCAGGGCGCAGGAUGCAGGCCGGCCUCCGCUGUCCAACAACACGGGCCUGGCCAGCAUCCAGGUGGUGGACAUCAAUGACCAUACUCCUAUCUUUGUCAGCACGCCGUUCCAGGUAUCUGUCUUGGAAAACGCGCCCCUGGGCCACUCGGUCAUCCACAUUCAGGCAGUGGAUGCAGACCAUGGGGAGAAUGCCAGAUUGGAGUACUCCCUUACUGGUGUGGCACCUGAUACUCCCUUUGUGAUAAACAGUGCAACUGGCUGGGUCUCUGUGAGUGGUCCCCUGGACCGUGAGUCUGUGGAGCAUUACUUCUUUGGUGUGGAGGCCCGAGACCAUGGCUCACCCCCGCUCUCUGCCUCAGCCAGCGUCACAGUGACUGUGUUGGAUGUUAAUGACAAUCGACCUGAGUUCACCAUGAAAGAGUACCACCUACGGCUGAAUGAGGAUGCAGCUGUAGGCACCAGUGUGGUCAGUGUGACCGCUGUAGACCGUGAUGCCAACAGCGCCAUCAGCUACCAGAUCACAGGAGGCAACACUCGGAAUCGCUUUGCCAUCAGCACUCAGGGUGGCAUAGGUCUGGUGACACUGGCUCUGCCACUGGACUACAAGCAGGAACGCUACUUCAAGCUGGUGCUAACUGCAUCUGAUCGUGCCCUUCAUGAUCACUGCUAUGUGCACAUCAACAUCACAGAUGCCAACACUCACCGGCCUGUCUUUCAAAGUGCCCACUACUCAGUGAGUGUGAAUGAGGAUCGGCCAGUGGGUAGCACCGUGGUGGUCAUCAGUGCCUCUGACGAUGAUGUGGGUGAGAAUGCUCGUAUCACCUACCUACUGGAGGACAACCUGCCCCAGUUCCGCAUUGAUGCAGACUCAGGGGCCAUUACGCUACAGGCCCCACUGGAUUAUGAGGAUCAGGUGACCUACACAUUAGCUAUCACAGCUCGAGACAAUGGCAUUCCACAGAAGGCAGACACCACUUAUGUAGAGGUGAUGGUCAAUGAUGUGAAUGAUAAUGCUCCGCAGUUUGUGGCCUCCCACUAUACGGGGUUAGUCUCUGAGGAUGCCCCACCUUUUACCAGUGUCCUGCAGAUAUCAGCCACUGACCGGGAUGCUCAUGCCAAUGGCCGGGUCCAGUACACUUUCCAGAACGGGGAAGAUGGGGAUGGAGAUUUUACCAUUGAGCCCACCUCUGGCAUUGUCCGCACAGUGAGACGGCUGGAUAGGGAGGCCAUACCAGUGUAUGAACUUACUGCCUACGCUGUGGACCGAGGUGUGCCCCCGCUUCGGACUCCAGUCAGCAUCCAGGUGACGGUGCAGGAUGUGAAUGACAAUGCACCUGUCUUUCCAGCUGAGGAGUUUGAGGUUCGAGUGAAGGAGAACAGCAUUGUGGGUUCGGUGGUGGCCCAGAUCACGGCGGUGGACCCCGACGAAGGUCCCAAUGCCCAUAUAAUGUACCAGAUUGUGGAAGGGAACAUCCCUGAGCUAUUCCAAAUGGACAUCUUCUCUGGAGAGUUGACUGCACUCAUUGACCUGGACUAUGAGACUCGUCAGGAAUAUGUAAUUGUAGUACAGGCCACGUCUGCCCCUCUGGUCAGUCGAGCCACUGUGCAUGUCCGCCUCAUUGACCAGAAUGACAAUAGCCCUGUGCUCAACAACUUCCAGAUUCUCUUCAACAACUAUGUAUCCAACCGCUCAGACACCUUCCCCUCAGGUAUCAUUGGGCGCAUUCCAGCUUAUGACCCUGAUGUCUCCGACCACCUCUUCUAUUCUUUUGAGCGGGGCAAUGAGCUGCAACUGUUGGUGGUCAACCAGACCAGCGGAGAGCUUCGACUCAGUCGCAAACUAGACAACAACCGCCCACUGGUGGCCUCCAUGUUGGUGACUGUCACAGAUGGGCUGCACAGCGUGACGGCGCAGUGUGUGCUGCGCGUGGUCAUCAUCACGGAAGAGUUGCUGGCCAACAGCCUGACCGUGCGCCUCGAGAACAUGUGGCAGGAGCGCUUCUUGUCACCGCUGUUGGGCCACUUUUUGGAAGGCGUGGCCGCGGUACUUGCCACACCUACUGAGGACGUCUUCAUCUUCAACAUUCAGAACGACACGGACGUAGGGGGCACUGUGCUCAACGUGAGCUUCUCGGCCCUGGCGCCGCGCGGGGCGGGGGCUGGCGCGGCGGGCCCCUGGUUCAGCUCCGAGGAGCUGCAGGAGCAGCUGUACGUGCGCCGCGCCGCGCUGGCCGCCCGCUCGCUGCUGGACGUGCUGCCCUUCGACGACAACGUGUGCCUGCGAGAGCCCUGCGAGAACUACAUGAAGUGCGUGUCGGUGCUGCGCUUUGACUCGUCCGCGCCCUUCCUGGCCUCGGCCUCCACGCUCUUCCGACCCAUCCAGCCCAUCGCAGGCCUGCGCUGCCGCUGCCCCACCGGCUUCACGGGAGACUUCUGCGAGACGGAGCUCGACCUCUGCUACUCCAACCCGUGUCGCAACGGCGGCGCCUGCGCGCGCCGGGAGGGCGGCUACACGUGCGUCUGCCGCCCGCGCUUCACCGGUGAGCUCGCGCGGCGCUGGGGGCACGCCCGGAGCUGGGGGGACCUCAGGCGGAGCGUGAGCACGGGGAUGACUCGAACCAGCCGGUCGCGAGACCAGAAGCUGCAGGGCCCUGGCCCGGGGCCACCGAGGGCUAUGGCCUUAGUGUGCGGCUUGUGACUUGCCCUGCCCACCCCUCCCAGGUUUGCCACCGCGCAGCCAAGUGGGCUGCUCUUCUACAACGGGCGCCUGAACGAGAAGCACGACUUCCUGGCCUUGGAACUGGUGGCCGGGCAGGUGCGGCUCACGUAUUCCACAGGUGAGUCCAACACGGUGGUCAGCCCCACAGUUCCAGGGGGCCUGAGUGACGGGCAGUGGCACACAGUGCAUCUGAGAUACUACAACAAGCCCCGCACAGAUGCCCUGGGGGGUGCUCAGGGCCCCUCCAAGGACAAGGUGGCCGUGCUGAGUGUGGAUGACUGCGAUGUGGCUGUGGCUCUGCAAUUUGGUGCUGAGAUUGGAAACUACUCAUGUGCAGCUGCUGGCAUGCAAACAAGCUCCAAGAAGUCCCUGGACCUGACAGGUCCUCUGCUCCUGGGGGGUGUCCCCAACCUCCCCGAGAACUUCCCUGUGUCCCACAAGGACUUCGUCGGCUGCAUGCGGGAUCUACACAUUGAUGGCCGCCAAGUAGACAUGGCGGCCUUCGUCGCAAACAAUGGCACUAUGGCAGGCUGCCAGGCCAAACUCCACUAUUGCGACUCAAACCCGUGCAAGAACAAUGGCUUCUGCUCAGAGCGGUGGGGUGGCUUCAGCUGCGACUGUCCUGUGGGUUUUGGUGGCAAGGACUGUCGGCUCACCAUGGCCCAUCCCCACCAUUUCCUCGGCAAUGGCUCAUUGCGAUGGGACUUCGGAAAUGACAUGGCUGUGUCUGUGCCAUGGUACCUGGGGCUGGCAUUUCGGACACGGGCAACGCAUGGGGUCCUGAUGCAAGUGCAGGCUGGGCCACACAGCACGCUCCUCUGUCAGCUGGAUCGGGGGUUGCUGUCCCUGACAGUGACCAGGGGCUCGGGCCGUGCUGCCCACCUCCUCCUGGACCAGGUGACUGUCAGUGACGGCCGAUGGCAUGAUCUUCGGCUGGAGUUACAGGAGGACCCAGGUGGCCGGCGGGGCCACCAUGUCUUCAUGGUCUCAUUGGACUUCAGCCUCUUCCAGGACACCAUGGCGGUGGGGAGUGAGCUGCAGGGCCUGAAAGUAAAGCGACUCCAUGUGGGAGGCCUACCCCCAAGCAGUGAAGAGGAGGUUCCUCAGGGUCUGGUUGGCUGUGUCCAGGGGGUAUGGCUUGGCUCCACACCCUCAGGGUCCCCAGCCCUGCAUCCCCCCACCCAGCGAGUGAAUGUGGAACCCGGCUGUGUCAUGAAUAAUGCCUGUGCAUCUGGGCCUUGCCCACCCCAUGCUGACUGCCGAGACCUCUGGCAGACCUUUUCCUGCAAAUGUUGGCCAGGUUACUACGGCCCAGGUUGUGUGGACGCCUGCCUCUUGAACCCCUGUCAGAACCAGGGCUCAUGCCGGCACCUCCCAGGAGCCCCCCAUGGCUAUACCUGUGACUGUGUAGGUGGUUAUUUCGGGCACCACUGUGAGCACAGGAUGGACCAGCAGUGCCCUCGAGGCUGGUGGGGGAGCCCAACCUGUGGCCCCUGCAACUGUGAUGUUCACAAGGGCUUUGAUCCCAACUGCAACAAGACAAAUGGGCAGUGUCACUGCAAGGAGUUCCACUACCGACCGCGGGGCAGCGACUCAUGCCUCCCGUGUGACUGCUACCCUGUGGGCUCCACCUCACGCUCGUGUGCACCCCACAAUGGGCAGUGCCCUUGUCGCCCAGGAGCUCUUGGCCGCCAGUGUAACAGCUGUGACAGUCCUUUCGCAGAGGUGACAGCCAGUGGCUGCCGAGUGCUCUAUGAUGCAUGCCCCAAGUCCCUGCGAUCUGGAGUAUGGUGGCCCCAGACCAAGUUUGGCAUUUUGGCCUCAGUGCCCUGUCCUCGGGGGGCCCUGGGUGCUGCUGUGCGGCUAUGUGAUGAGGACCAGGGUUGGCUGGAGCCCGACCUCUUCAACUGUACCUCCCCUGCUUUUCGAGAACUCAAUCUGCUGUUGGAUGGCCUAGAGCUGAACAAGACAGCAUUGGAUACUGUGGAGGCCAAGAAGCUGGCUCAGAGACUGCGGGAGGUGACUGGCCACACUGACCACUACUUUAGCCAAGAUGUCCGAGUCACUGCCCGCCUGCUGGCCCACCUGUUGGCCUUUGAGAGCCACCAGCAGGGCUUUGGGCUGACAGCCACUCAGGAUGCCCACUUCAAUGAGAAUCUGCUGUGGGCAGGCUCUGCACUGCUUGCUCCGGAGACUGGGGACUUGUGGGCAGCGCUGGGGCAGCGGGCCCCCGGGGGCUCCCCCGGUAGCGCAGGGCUGGUGCAGCACCUGGAGGAGUAUGCGGCCACACUCGCCAGGAAUAUGGAACUCACAUACCUGAAUCCUGUGGGGCUGGUGACGCCCAACAUCAUGCUCAGCAUCGACCGCAUGGAGCGCCCCAGUCCAUCCCGGGGGACCCGUCGCUACCCUCGUUACCACAGCAACCUCUUCCGAGGCCAGGAUGCCUGGGAUCCUCACACCCACGUGCUGCUGCCUUCCCAGUCCCCACGGCCAUCCCCACAUGAAGUUCUGCCCACAAGCAGCAGCAGCGCGGACAACUCCACCACCUCAAGCACGGCCCCCCUGCCCGCCCUGGAGCCCGAGCCCGAGCCUGGGAUCUCCAUUGUCAUCCUCCUUGUCUACCGCACCUUGGGUGGGCUGCUCCCUGCCCAGUUCCAGGCCGAACGCCGGGGCGCCAGGCUUCCCCAGAACCCUGUUAUGAACUCCCCGGUGGUCAGCGUGGCUGUGUUCCAUGGACGCAGCUUCCUAAGGGGUGUCCUGGAGUCCCCGAUCAGCCUCGAGUUCCGCUUGCUGCAGACAGCGAAUCGGAGCAAGGCGAUCUGCGUGCAGUGGGACCCGCCUGGCCCGGUGGCCCAGCAUGGAAUGUGGACAGCACGGGACUGCGAGCUGGUGUACAGGAAUGGGUCUCACGCACGGUGUCGCUGCAGCCGGACAGGCACCUUUGGGGUCCUCAUGGAUGCCUCUCCCCGUGAGCGGCUAGAGGGAGACCUGGAGCUGUUGGCUGUGUUUACCCACGUGGUUGUGGCCGUGUCUGUGGCUGCGCUGCUGCUGACUGUGGCCAUCCUGCUGAGCCUGCGCAGCCUCAAGUCCAACAUGCGUGGGAUCCAUGCCAACGUGGCAGCUGCCCUGGGGGUGGCAGAGCUCCUCUUCCUGCUGGGGAUCCAUAGGACCCAUAACCAGCUGGUGUGCACUGCGGUUGCCAUCCUCCUGCACUACUUCUUCCUCAGCACCUUCGCGUGGCUCCUCGUGCAGGGGCUGCACCUCUACCGCAUGCAGGUCGAGCCCCGCAAUGUGGACCGUGGUGCCAUGCGCUUCUACCAUGCCCUGGGCUGGGGCGUCCCUGCUGUGCUGCUGGGCCUUGCUGUCGGCCUAGAUCCUGAGGGCUAUGGGAACCCUGACUUCUGCUGGAUCUCAGUCCACGAACCCCUCAUCUGGAGCUUCGCAGGCCCUGUUGUCCUUGUCGUUGUGAUGUACGGGACCAUGUUUCUCCUCGCUGCCCGCGCAUCCUGCUCCACUGGGCAAAGGGAGGCCAAGAAGACCUCUGUGCUGACCCUUCGGAGCUCCUUUCUGCUCCUUCUGCUGGUCAGCACCUCCUGGCUCUUCGGCCUCCUGGCGGUCAACCACAGCGUCCUGGCCUUCCACUACCUCCACGCCGGCCUCUGUGGGCUCCAGGGCCUGGCCGUGCUGUUGCUCUUCUGUGUCCUGAAUGCAGAUGCUCGGGCCGCCUGGACACCCGCCUGUCUGGGCAGGAAGGCGGCCCCCGAGGAGGCAAGGCCAGCACCUGGGACGGGGCCUGGGGCUUACAAUAACACAGCCCUCUUUGAGGAGAGUGGCCUCAUCCGCAUCACUCUGGGUGCCUCCACCGUCUCCUCGGUGAGCAGUGCCCGCUCCGGCCGGACCCAGGACCACGACAGCCAGCGGGGCCGUGGCUGCCUCAGGGACAAUGUCCUGGUUCGACAUGGCUCAUCUGCUGACCACACUGAUCACAGCCUCCAGGCUCACGCUGGCCCCACUGACCUGGACGUGGCCAUGUUCCAUCGAGAUGCUGGUGCAGACUCGGACUCCGACAGUGACUUGUCCUUAGAGGAGGAGAGAAGUCUGUCCAUCCCAUCCUCAGAAAGCGAGGACAACGGCCGGACACGGGGGCGUUUCCAGCGUCCACUCUGCCGGGCUGCCCAGAGUGAGAGGCUCCUCACCCACCCCAAAGAUGUGGAUGGCAAUGACCUCCUGUCCUACUGGCCAGCCCUGGGGGAGUGUGAGGCUGCUCCCUGCGCUCUGCAGACCUGGGGCUCCGAAAGGCGCCUGGGGCUGGACACCAGCAAGGAUGCAGCCAACAACAACCAGCCAGACCUGGCCUUGACCAGUGGGGAUGAAACCUCCCUGGGUCGGGCCCAGCGCCAGAGGAAAGGCAUCCUGAAGAACCGAUUGCAGUGCCCACUGGUUCCACAGACCCGAGGCACCCCCGAGUUGUCCUGGUGCCGUGCAGCCACCUUGGGCCACCGUGCCGUGCCGGCUGCCUCCUAUGGGCGCAUCUAUGCUGGAGGGGGAACAGGCAGCCUUUCGCAGCCAGCCAGCCGCUACUCCUCUCGUGAACAGCUGGACCUGCUCCUCCGGCGGCAACUGAGCCGUGAGCGACUGGAGGAGGCCCCUGCCCCUAUUCUGCGGCCCCUGAGUCGGCCAGGUUCCCAGGAACACCUGGAUGCCGUGCCAGGCCGCCUGGAGCCCAGGGAUCGGGGCAGCACCCUACCACGGAGGCAGCCACCCAGGGACUACCCUGGAGCCAUGGCUGGCCGCUUCAGGUCACGGGAUGCACUGGACCUGGGGGCACCCUGCGAGUGGUUGAGCACACUCCCCCCGCCCCACAGGGCGCGGGACCUUGACCCACAGCCCCCUCCUCUGCCCCUGUCUCCCCAGCGGCAACUCUCAAGGGACCCCCUCUUGCCGUCCAGGCCCCUGGACUCUCUGUCCAGGAGAUCGAACUCAGGGGAGCGGCUGGACCACGUGCCUAGCCGGCACCCCUCACGAGAAGGCCUCGGGCCGCCCCCGCAGCUGCUCAGAGUUCGGGAGGACCCAGCCCGAGGCCCUAGCCAUGGCCCCUCCACAGAGCAGCUGGACAUUCUCUCCUCCAUCCUCGCCUCCUUCAACUCCUCAGCGCUCUCCUCCUCUGUGCAGUCCUCGAGCACGCCCUCGGGCCCUCACACCACUGCCACGCCUUCUGCCACAGCCUCUGCGCUCGGGCCCUCCACCCCACGCUCUGCCACGUCCCAUAGCAUCUCAGAGCUGUCGCCAGACUCAGAAAUUCCCAGAAGUGAGGGUCACUCCUGAGCGGCAGAUGGACAGCCGAGGACCAGCUGAGGG